GGCCCAGCCCCGGCGGGAGCGGGGCCGGGAGCGGGGAGCUCCGGCCAUGGCGGCCAACGAGGACCAGGAGAUGGAGCUGGAAGCACUGCGCUCCAUCUACGAGGGAGACGUGUGCUUCAGGGAGCUCAGCCCGGUGUCCUUCCAGUACAGGAUAGGUGAAAGUGGAGAUCCCAAAGCCUUUCUAAUAGAAGUCUCUUGGCCAGAAACAUAUCCACAAACAGCACCAGUCAUAUCGAUGGAUGCUUUCUUCAAUAACACAAUAUCUUCAGCUAUUAAGCAAAGUAUAUUGGAUAAGUUAAUGGUAGAAGUUGAAGCAAAUCUUGGAACUGCAAUGACAUACACACUUUUUGAAUAUGCCAAAGACAAUAAGGAGGUAUUAAUGGAAAAUCAACCUGUUAACACUGUGACUUCUGUAAGCAGCAGUAUUUCAAUUGGAACUCCUGAUGUGCCGCCAAGUAAGAAAAAAGAGAAAAAGGAGCAGUUAUCCAAAACCCAGAAACGAAAACUAGCCGAUAAAACAGAUAACAAAGGGGAGCUUCCGCGAGGCUGGAACUGGGUUGAUGUAAUUAAGCAUGUAAGUAUUUUCAAGUUUUCUUAUUUUACUGUUAGAAAGAUUUUUAUGAAAGAGUAAGAACUGCUGCUUAUUUUGGAUUCUAAUUUACAAAUUUCUCAAAAGCUUUAAAAUAUUAGUUUUUCUGAAUAUUAGUCUGAAGAACUUCACUCUUGGAACUUCAUUGGUUUCUUUUAUUUAUUUACUGAGCAAUUAAAUUUUAAUUUUAUAAAGAGAGGGCUUAGCUAACCAAAUGCACUGCAAAUAUUCAUGUCUUUAUACGACAUGAAGAUGAGCUGCCAGGUUCUGGAGGGCAGUGGAUGAGUAAGAAAUAAAAGGGAGAAAAGGGACCUGUUCCAAGUGGAAGCACCUUGCUUUCUCCUACAAGCCUCAUUGUCUGCUGCAACUCCUCCAGUGAAUAAUUCUUUUCUACUUGCUCCCUCAGUAUUGAUUUCUUCCACCCACUUGUCUUUGCUGAUUCAGUGAAAAUUACUGCUUGACAAUUUUGAAGGCAAACUAUUUUAUUUUACACAAUUGAAGUAAUUUUCACUGUAAGACCUAACACCAGUUCCAGUUGUUAAGUAAGAGCAAGUAAAUGUUGAAGAUUGUUUUGGGCAGAGUAUUUCUGAACUAAAAGUGGUUAUUUAUAGUGGAUGUCUUGGUUUUCAGAUAGAUUUCAUGAUAGUCAUGCUACUUGUAAUAAUUACAAGCCUAGCUUUAAAGGUAAGGAAUACUAAGUUUAUGUUAACAUAUAUUUUUAUAUUGUCUAAAUUUCCAUAUGGAAAUUCUCUCAAAGAUGUGUGAAGAUAAAGUUCCAUUACUUCAUCUUUUUUUUCAUUCUUUCUGGAGAGCUGGUCACAGAGCCUUCAAAUUAAAUAGAAACAGUGCCCUGAGGUUUUUCUGGGGUUUGUUGGUUUUUGUUUUUUUUUUUUAAUUCAACUUUCAUGAUCAGGAAAUAAGCUCAUUUAGUGUUUAAGCUUAAGAAUUGAUGCUUUUCAGUCUCUUGGUACAGUAGCACAAUCAAUCUGUAUUGUUAAUUAAGUAUAUACAUGUUCAGUGUGAGAUGGAAAUAAUGUUUCCUAAUAAAUGGAAUGGCAGUCUAAACUUUGAAUACUUUCUUUUUGUGUCUCUUUUAUAGUUAAGCAAAACUGGUUCUAAAGAUGAUGAAUAAAGGACUUUGGUACAAGGAAACUCCACCUUUUAAUACAGUGCAAUUCUGGGUCACCAUCUCUCUAUUAAUAACUUUCGUAUUUGUUGAAGUGAACAUUUUAUAAAGCUCGAUUUCCUAACUUGUAAAUCUAGUCACAAAAGUUUAUCUAGAGACCAUGUGGUCAUCUUCAGAAAAAUCAACCAACAAACUUGCCUUAAAUGAAGGUUAGAAUGUGACAAAGGAUAUAGAGAGCCAGUGUGGUGAAGUGAAUAGUGCUGAAGUGUUUAUUAAUUUAUAUUUAGUCUGUAGUAAAAUCCUGUUAUAGUGAACCCAAUGAUACUGUAAACAUUUCCUGAUGUUCUUAUUCCAAUUGAAGAAAAAAGCACUAUAACAGUGGUUGGUCACUUGACAGCUUAAUUAGUCAAAAUAAAUUAUUCCAUGGAAAUAAGACCUUUGUCAUUUGUUUAUCUAGUAUGAACUAGAAGGAGAACAUACAAAUUGUUGCAUUUCAAAACAGGCUAGAACUUGUGGUCUCAUUUUCACUAGUUACUGGCUGAAAUUGGAAAUACUAGUGAAAGCAAGGCUAAAUAUUCUAGUCUGCUCAAAAACAAGUGGUUAUAUCAGGAGUGCAGCUUCUUUGUUCUCCACAAUAUCCCAUCUGUUGGUCUUUCUCCAGUAUGCAUCUUUACAGACAGUGGGAUGUCUGAGGAGGGGCAAAAGUGCUUUCUUGCCUAUGUCUCAAUGAGUGUUGGAAUUUUGUAGCUGCUUCAUUAGAGAAGUAGGCAUUCUUUGGAGGGAUUUGCUGACUGAGUAGUGGGACAGUGGAAGUCAGUAGUCUAUCAAACUUAUUGGGCAUACUUCUUCACGAGAGCUCUCUACUUUAUUUUUUCCUGAUCUGCUCUCUUGUAUAAGGAAGAGAAGUCAUCCUCACUGUAUUAACUGUUAUUGAAUACAAGAUGCCUUAAUGUUCUUUAUUAUUUUUGUUUGUAUUGAGAUGAAU